UCUCUUCAUUCUCGUAAACACUUCACUCACUCUUCAACACAACACACACUCUCCAUCAUCAUCACAUUCACAUUUCAAUCACUAACUCUUCUCCCACUACCUACCAAAGUCCAAACCUUGCGGGGUUUUCUUCUUCUGCCGCCGCUGCUGGGUGGCUUCUCUGUUCUGCUUCAACUCUCCAAGUCAUCAAUCACUCACUUACUUGAGCGAGAAGAGGAGCUAUUCAACAACACUAACUCUUACAGGGUUUCUAUAUUUAGAUCAGGCUUUGAUUGGCAGUAAUUUUGGGUUGAACUUGCUGGCUGAGAUGAUAUUGGAUGUGAUGAAUCUUAAAAAAUGCCUCACAAAUGUCUUUCUGCUCACACUAGCUAUGCUAACCACUGCAUCAGGUGGAUUUGUUGGCGUAAACAUUGGAACUGAUGUUUCUGACCUGCCGGCUGCUUCAAAUGUUGUUGCUAUACUAAAGGCCCAUCAAAUUACUCAUGUUCGUCUAUAUGAUGCCGACACUCACUUACUACAAGCCCUUUCAAACACUAGUAUUGAAGUAAUUGUUGGUGUCACCAAUGAGGAGGUACUAAGAAUAGGAGAAUCUCCAUCAGCAGCUGCAGCCUGGAUUAAUAAAAAUGUACUUGCUUAUGUGCCAUCAACUAAUAUCACAGCAAUAGCAGUUGGCAGUGAGGUUCUUUCGACAAUCCCGAAUGUUGCCCCGGUUCUGGUUCCUGCCAUGAAUUCUCUUCACAAAGCCCUGGUUGCUGCAAACCUCAACUUUCGGGUCAAAGUCUCAACACCACACUCUAUGGAUAUUAUCCCCAAGCCUUUUCCUCCUUCUACUGCCACCUUUAACUCUUCAUGGAACUCUACAAUGGUCCAACUGCUUCAGUUUUUGAAGAACACAAAUUCCUCUUUCAUGUUAAACGCCUACCCUUAUUAUGGAUACACUAAAGGAGACGGCAUUUUCCCGAUUGAAUAUGCUCUUUUCAAACCCCUUCCUUCGGUGAAGCAAAUUGUUGACCCAAACACUCUAUUCCACUAUAACAGCAUGUUUGAUGCUAUGGUGGAUGCUGCCUACUAUUCUAUAGAUGCCUUAGAUUUCAGUGAUAUACCUGUUGUUGUGACCGAGACUGGCUGGCCAUCGUCGGGUGGAUCAAAUGAACCAGAUGCUACUGUAGGAAAUGCUGAGACAUACAACAAUAACCUGAUUCGGCGAGUCCUGAAUGAUUCAGGGCCCCCUAGUCAGGUGAACAUGCCUAUAAGUGCAUACAUAUAUGAACUAUUUAAUGAAGACAAGAGGAAUGGACCAAUAUCAGAAAAAAAUUGGGGCAUCUUUUAUUCUAAUGGUAGUGCUAUUUAUCCGUUGAGUUUAAGUACUUCUGGCCAGAUUAAUGGAACAUCUGCAUCAGUUUUUUGUGUGGCAAAAGAUGGUGCAGACAGUGAUAAGUUGCAAGCUGGCCUGAACUAUGCUUGUGGACAAGGUGGAGCAAACUGUGCCGCUAUUCAACAAGGGCAGCCAUGCUAUCUCCCAAAUAAUGUGAAAAGCCACGCCUCUUUUGCUUUUAAUGAUUAUUAUCAGAAAACUCAUAGUACUGGAGGAACAUGCGACUUCGAUGGAACUGCUACAAUUACUACAAGGGAUCCUAGUUAUGGAUCCUGUAUAUACACUGGAAGUUCUAACUCGAGUGGUGGUGGAAUGAGUUUGGCUCCGACGGCACUUGGACCUUCAAGCCCCUCGGAAGCAUCUUCGAACAUGCAAAUGUGUAGUCUUCAGUAUUUGAUAUCCGUUGUGGGGGCAUUUUUGGCUCUGGUGAUGUUAUGACCGAAAGGAUCGUGGAAUCAUAGUUGUCAUUGAUUUUGUUUCUAACAUCACAUUGAUCCAUUUUAUUUAUUUCUACAUAUCUGUAUUUUACCUUGUGCAUUCGAGUAUCAUUUGUAAUUUAUCUCUUUAUGAUAGGUAGUUGCUUCAAAUAGGAACAACACGGUGCCUCAAAAGUGAUUGACGACAUUAUUUUGAGUUUUGACCAUGCAAAAUCAGAGUAAAUUUUCAUAAUGGUCU